GCUGUGGAAUCACUUUUCAAGCAUCACAAGGGUCGGAAGCAUAGUGGUCGUGCAUAUACUUCGAUCAACGACCAUUCGACUGGCUUUUCAGCACCAUCUGCAGGCAACGUUAACAGCCCAGAUACACCUAGCACCUCUACUACAAGCGGACGUUUGAGUGUGCCAGGACUUCGUUCCACUGGCUGGGCAAGUGAGGCAUCAGACCAUCGGCGCUCCCAGAUUGCUGGCGUUCUGCAAGCCUGUAGCACUAAAUCAGCUACAAACACUGACCCUGCAUUGGUAGAUCUCGACAGUCAGAACAAGGCUGCUCUGGCAGUGGUUAAAUAUGCUGGGCUAGCCAACGCCAGAGUAAAGCGACAACUUAAGUUUGAAAAGAGACGUCGCGUAAAAACGGAUAAGUUGAGGUGCGUGGGGAAACCAAAUGGCUCCUGGAAGCCUUUCAAGCGCAAAUGA